AACGAAAGUGCUUGUGAUGAGCAAAAGUGUCGAUAAGCCAAUAUUCUACCGAAAUUAGCCAGAAUCUUCAGGUAUCUACAAAAUCUAAUAAAUAACCACCCUCGCAUGUGAGGGUACUAUGUGGUGGUGCUGUUCUUCUUCCGCUAGUUCAGGACCGAUGGCUGCGAUACGCAAAAAAUUGGUGAUCGUCGGUGACGGUGCGUGUGGUAAAACUUGCUUGCUGAUAGUGUUCAGCAAAGACCAGUUCCCGGAAGUAUACGUGCCGACCGUGUUCGAGAACUACGUCGCCGACAUCGAGGUAGAUGGCAAACAGGUGGAGCUGGCGCUGUGGGAUACGGCUGGCCAGGAGGACUACGACCGGCUGCGUCCGCUCUCCUACCCUGACACCGAUGUAAUCCUCAUGUGCUUCUCGGUGGACUCGCCUGACUCGCUCGAGAACAUCCCGGAGAAGUGGACGCCCGAGGUAAAGCACUUCUGCCCCAAUGUGCCUAUUAUUUUAGUGGGCAACAAGAAAGACCUGCGUAAUGACCCUGCUACUAUCAAUGAGCUCCGCAAGAUGAAACAGGAGCCUGUAAAGCCGCAGGAAGGCCGCGCUAUGGCCGAGAAGAUUAACGCGUUUGCAUAUCUAGAGUGCUCAGCCAAGAGCAAGGAGGGAGUGCGUGAAGUGUUCGAGACGGCGACGCGCGCUGCGCUCCAGGUGAAGAAGAAGAAGAAGACUAGGUGUUCCCUGCUGUAAGUGCGUGCCGAGAACUCUGAUUUAUGAAUUGUUCGCAUACUGCCUGAACCUUACGUUACUGGUCGGACGCAGCCCCGCGGCGCGGCGUCCACUGCGCCCGCGCCGCGCGCACGCACACCCACUCAGUAUUCGUGUGGCUACACUUUCACAAUUGGUACUUGUAUAUUUUAUAGAUUAUCUAUAAAGAGUAAGCGUAAAUGCCUUAACAAAUGUAGUCGGGGGCGAAUGCGGGCCCUCAACCUUGGGCCUGUAAGAAUUUUUCGUGCUAUACUAUCAUGUUAUAUAAUCGAGUAGCAUUUCUUCAACAUAUAGAUAUAUUCCUCGACCGGUGUCGUCUCACCGAGACUUAUUGUUUAGUUUGGUAUUUUGUAUUUUAAUUUUUCAAUAAAAUAGUGAUGUAUAAAUUGUG